AUGGAGAAAUGGAAUCACACUUCCACUGAUUUCAUUUUGUUGGGGUUGUUUUCCCCAAAUCGAACUGGCUUGUUUCUCUUACUCCUUAUCAUCUUCAUAUUCUUUCUUGCCUCAUUGGGAAACUCAACUAUGAUUCACCUCAUACGCGUGGAUCCCCGGCUCCACACUCCAAUGUACAUUCUCCUCAGCCAGCUCUCCCUCAUGGACCUAAUGUAUAUCUCCACCACUGUUCCCAAGAUGGUGUUCAACUACUUCUCAGGUCAGAAAACUGUCUCCUUCCUCGGAUGUUGGUUUCAGAGCUUCUUCUUUCUGACUAUGGCAUGUUCUGAGGGUUUACUCCUGGCUUCUAUGGCUUAUGAUCGAUAUGUGGCCAUCUGCCACCCCCUCCAUUACCCCAUUCGCAUGAGUAAAAGGAUGUGUGUGAAGAUGAUCAUAGGAUCUUGGAUUUUGGGGUCCAUCAACUCUUUUUCACACACAGCCUAUGCCUUCCAUAUACCUUACUGCCGGUCCAGGGCUAUUAAUCACUUCUUCUGUGAUGUCCCAGCCAUGAUCACUCUGGCCUGUAUGGACACCUGGGUCUAUGAGUACAUGGUUUUUGUGAGUACAAGUCUCUUUCUCCUCAUUCCUUUCCUUGGAAUCACAGCUUCCUAUGGUCGGGUGCUUUUUGCUGUCUACCAUAUGCGCUCCAAAGAGGGACAAAAGAAGGCCUUCACCACCUGUUCCACACAUUUAACUGUGGUGACAUUUUACUAUGCACCUUUUGUCUAUACUUAUCUCAGGCCUAAGAAUCUCCGCUCACCAGCAGAAGAUAAGAUUCUGGCGGUUUUCUACACUAUUCUGACCCCCAUGCUCAAUCCCAUUAUCUACAGCCUGAGGAAUAAGGAAGUCCUGGGAGCCAUCACAAGAGUAUUUCCAAUAUUCUCCUCCAAGAAGAAAUAA